CGCCAUUUUCCCAGAGAGAACCAGUGACGUAGAGGGAGCGUAGGAGGCUGAGCGGAGUGAGACGGCGGUAGCCGGCGGGUUGGUACUUAGGUCCCAAGGCGCUUCCUAGCGGGUCCCUGCAGGGUUCUGGGUGCCCCGCCGGUCUGGGGGACGCCUCUGCUCACGCCUCUUUCCCAGAGUCAGCUGAGGGCUGCGUCCUCCCCAGGCUGGGGACAUCCCAGUGGGGCCGUUGCAUUGUUUUGGUUGCGCUAGGAAAGGGGCUCAGCUAAGGGGGAGCUGCUGCCUGGCCUGUGAUCAUUACAGAGAUUCUAAAAAUGGCAGCUCCAGGCUGAUGUUGUGGUAAUGUAAUCAGCUCGGGUCCUCCACACUCCAUGCAAUAAAGCAGUUAUGCCUGUUCAGGUCAUUGAUGGCACACCCGGAAAUCUACUACCAAGUUACCUGCAGAAAGUGGAUUUAAAAUACCUGCAAAUUGGUUGUGAUCAGGCCAGCAAAUACUUUCAGGGAACAGUUAUUCUCUCCUACCCUUUAACUAAACUUGUAAAUGGAACAGAAUUUUUCAAGAUUGUACUUCAAGAAUCAGAGAAUUCAUGUUCAAAGACCAGCACCAUCAAUGUUUUAUUCUUUGGAAGGUUGGCAGGCGACUGUGGAAAAGUUGUACAUCAAGGGGACAUUAUGGUUGUAGCUGGAUUUAAUGUGGCUAAGUCACCUUCUGCAAAUGAAGAUGACCGACACUGCUGUCAUCUGGAAGUAUCUGAAGAUGCAGGAUCAGCAGUUUAUAUUUAUGCUAAGCCAAGUAUAGUCACUGCUUCAGAAACAGCAUCCAUGCCUGUUGCACCAAAAUACACAUAUACUCCUCUGAAUCAUCUUAAAGGUGGAACUAUAGUCAACUUGUAUGGUGCUGUGAAAUUCUUCAAGCCCCCAUAUAUAAGCAAAGGAACAGAUUAUUGUUCAGUUGUAACAAUUGUGGACCAAUCAAAUGUGAAAUUAACAUGCACACUUUUUAAUGGAAAUCUAGAUGCCCUUCCAAAAAUCUACAAAAUUGGAGAUAUUGUUCGAUUUCAUAGAAUAAAGAUCAGGGAAUACAAUAAACAGAUGCAGGGGAUUACUGGCAUUGGCUUUGCAUCCUUGACAUUUGAUGGAACCGUAGGAGCACCGAUAGUGCCUCGAACCUCUAGUAAAUCAUACUCCUUCACAGAAGAAGAACAGAAAACAAUAGAAGAACUACGUAUGUGGGCAGCUAGUAAUCUUUCAGUCUGUGGGCCAACAGCAAAAUUGUCUGGUGUCCAGCCAAUGCUGUUUUUUGACCUUACUUGCCAACUUGUAGGGAAAGCAGAAGUGGAUGGAUCUUCCUUUCUUCUCAAGGUAUGGGAUGGUACAAAAUGUCCCUACCCAUCUUGGAAGGUGCUUGUGGAAGAAAGUGAUCUUGAAGGAGAUAAAGUUCUCAUCCGUCGGCUGAGAAAUCUGAUUGUAGACAUUCUAGUUUACGAUAACCAUGUGAAACUGGCAAAAUCACUGAAGGUUGGAAGCUUUCUGAGAAUUUACAGUCUGCAUACAAAACAAGCCAGUGCUGAGAACCAGCCCAAUGUUUCCUAUGUAGAAUUUCAUCUUCAUGGUGGCACCUGUUAUGGUCGAGGAAUUAGGGUCUUGCCAGAAAAUAAUCCAGAUGUCAAAGAACUAAAAGCAUUCAUGGAUUCUGUGAAUCUCACAGAGUUUCAAAGUGUGGAGAGCAUGUCUUCAAUGGAAUUGGAUGGCAUUUUUGGCAAUCUAUCAUACCAGUCAUAUUCACAGAGAUGCCAGCAGUUAUCUGUCACAGUAUUAACAGAUCAUCAGCAUUUGGAUGACACAGCACUGAAUACUAUCUUAAACAGCUCAGUUCCUCAACAGUAUCGCAUUAGAGCAAAACUCAGAACUUUUAAACCCGAGAAGCUCUGUCAGUCCGUUAAACUUUAUUGUUCAAAAUGCAACUCACUGCAAGAAGUUCCAAAUGACGAUGAUUUCGACUUAAUAUUAAGAGACUGUGCAGCUGCAGCUCCAAAUCCAGAAGUACAUAAUUCAUUGUGGUAUGAUUCUGCAGUGUGGGAUACAGAAAAUCAGGGGCAAAGAAAAAUAGCUGUUCAUUUUGUAAAACACGAUGAGCUGCUUCAAGAGCCAGAAGAUACUUUGAUUAUGGUACAAGGGGGGACACUAAAAGAAAUCAGAAAACUUUCAAGAAGAUUUAAAUGUAUUAUACCUGUGAGAUCAACGGAAGAAGAUCUUGAGUUACUAGACCUUUCAGCUCCCUUCCUUUUGCAAGGGAAAAUAUGGCAUUAUGGGUGCAAACAGUGUUCGAAUCAGAAGACUAUCCAGAAUCUCAGUUCCCUUGCAGAAGAAGAGCCAUCGUGGGAGCCAACUGAAAUAGCACAAGUUUUAGGUAUUGAGCCACUCCAGUAUGUUUUUGUUAUGAAGUUUACACUUGAUGAUGGCACAGGAGCACUGGAUGCAUACCUCUUUGACUAUGAAAAGUUUUUCCAGAUUCCCGCCUCCGAAGUCCUUACCAGUAGCCUUCUUCAGGAGAAGAUGGAAAUGAUCAUGAAUAUACUUUGUCCUCCAGGAACAAAACUAGAUGACUUGCCAUGGUUGGAAUGCUUCAUCAAGUCUUAUAAUGUCAAAGAUGGAAUGGAACAGCAAGUUUGCUAUCAAAUUUAUGACACUAUGGUUGCUGAAGAUGUUAUCUAGUGUUAUGUAUUGCAAUUUAAGAGACAUGCAAUUUAUCAACAUUAUCAAUUACAAAAAAGUUUUGAAGCUAUAAACACCAUACAAGGUUUUGUAUAACAUUUAGUGUAUCAUGUUCUGUGUUGAGAGAUAUUAAUCAGGAAAAUAAAUGGCUUUUUCUGCAUCUCACUUGUGCAUGAAGGUUUUAGCUCUUCUGUUCCUGAAUUAAAAUGAAUUGGACAUAUGCUUAGAGGUAUUUAUUACUUGCUCUGGGCCCAACCCAGUGAGUCAAGUGGUAGUUGAGAUGCUCAUGGGAUUGGUCACUUCGUGACUGAGACUGUAAUAUCCAAACAUUCCAAGCUAUUACACAAUUGAAAAUUAUCAUUAAUGUUACUGAAUUCUGCUGUGACCUACAGAGUCGAAUUUAAAGGGACAUUGUAAAAUGUAAACAUGUUUUGUAAUGUCUGAAGAACAGUUAACAUGAUUAUGCUUUGUUUCUUUAUCGAUUUUAAUACAAAAGAGUAAGUGAUUUGAGAACAGCUGUGGAAACAGGGCUCUUCAUUAAGUUGUAUUGCCUCACUUUAUUCUGUACAAAUCUAUUUUAGGGUUCUAAAAAAACAUGUUUUCUUUCCCUACUUUAAUUUCUCUUUUUAUAUGUAGUGAGCUCUUCCUGCGGUCCUUAUGUGUGCAAGUAGUGUUAUUGACCUCAGUGGAGCUAUUUGCAUGAAUUAAAAUUACUCAUCUGCUUAAGAAUCAUAAAGUCAGGCCAUAAAAGCAGGGAUAUUUAAAAUAUUAAAAUGAAUACUAAUAUUUAUUAGAUUAUAAGGAUGGUAAAGUCAGACAUAUUUGGGGCCAUAUCGGACAUUGCUGCUCCUUUAAAUUGUGUGUGUUUUUGCAGAGAUUCUUGCACAUAGUUUGGCUAAAUUUAGUGUCCGGUUAUACUGUCUUGAUUGCUUUUCUCUUUUGUAUAAUUGGAUUGGAUGACUAAGUUUAGAGAGAGCAUUUUCAGGCCAACAAGUGACUAAUUGGCUACCACAGUGGAAAGAAAUUGCCUGCUUUUACCUUGCAUUCUGAAGUAUUUGCCCCAAAUUCAGAAUCAUUUUCUAGAGAAUAAUUGUAAUGUAAAAAUUCUCGUUAGGGGAAUAUGCUUCUUGUCAUCAAGGAAAAAAAAUAACAUAACACUUGCGCAGAGGAUUUUUUUAAAGGGAGCAUGGAGAUAUUUAAAAUAGUGCUCAUAGUUGACUGGUACUUUGAUACUAAAUACAAAUGAUUUUACAGUGUUCCAAGAGAUGAUUAUUAGAAUAAGCUAUUAUAUCCACUUACAGUUUCAUCCAAAUGUCAGUAGAUUUUUGUGGGGUACUUUAAAAAUCACUCUGCGCCAUAGAAACAAUGAGCAAUGACCCUAGAAGUUUAUCAGUUAUCAUGUGGGUAGAAGGUGCAUUAACACUGGAAGCCAAUGGUUCACUUUCAACAAGAGUAGAAACUGUCAGCCUGAUUGAAUAGGACCAUCAACUUGCCAAGCAAGGAACAACACUGGCAUUAGUUCUGAAAGCAGCUACUUACCUACCCCUGGCCUGAUGAGAGAUACUGAUAAGUGAAUUAUUUUUAAGACUUGAACACCUAUGUGGGUGUCCAAAUAAUUUCAGUGGAAUUUAACUCCUGAAGCACUCAUCCAUAAGAAAUAUAUAAGGGGUUUGUUUGCUAUGUAAUGGAUAGUUUAAUCACAAAAACUAUAGAGCCUGUAUUUCUGGUUGUGUUACAUGACAUCACAAACCAUAUUUUGCACUGCCAAUUAUUAGUAGAAAGUUUGUUUUAAAUUGUAAAUGUUUUUUAUGUACAUAAAAAGUCAUGUUCCUGUACAUCAUUGCAGGUAUUAAUAAAAUCUAUUUUAAAGUAAACCUUUUGAAAAGUAAUAGAUCAGAAUAUAUAAGGCUCACACUUCAGCGUAAAUUUGUUUUCACCAUCUCUAAUGUUUGAGAUUCUUGGCAGAACAUUUUCAAAUCAUUUUAUAAUUGUACGUAUGGCACAUGAAGUUGUCUGGCUAUUGAAUAUUGUAAGUAUUUAGCUGAUUUAAAAUAAUGAACUCUGCUCACACUUAACUUUUGGAUAUCUAUUCACAAAACCUCUCUGCUGCCAAUGGCCUUCAUCCAGCAAAGCACAUUCUUAGGGUACGUCUACACUACCCGCCGGAUCCGUGGGUGGUGAUCAAUCUAUCCCCGAUCGCUCUGCCAUCGACACCGGAACUCCACCAUGGUGAGAGGCGGAAGCGGAGUCGAUUGAGGGAGCAGCAGUGGUCAAAUCGCUGUCAUCCUCACCACCAAGUGAAUCGACCUAAGAU